AUGCCUUGCGCACCAAUUCAGCACACCUCAGAUGAGGUAGAGUUGCUCAUGCAGGAGCUGCAACUACGCAUGAGGUUAGCCGUCGAGGGUAGUCCUCGUCUGCACGCAUCGCUGCAGGAGCCACACGUCCUCUAUACGAUCCUGGCAGAAUUUUUCGAGUUACAACUCAUGCAAUCGCAGCGCAAGAAAGAUGUGGCACUUGACGUAGUGGAUGUGCGCCGAGUAUGGGCCUUCUGCUUGGCAGAGUUAGCGUCCUCGCUGGGUGCGCCGUCGAAGGUCGAAGCUUCUCCGCAGACACUCUACCGGUUUGUCCACGGUGCACCAUCCCUACCGCUUGAGGCGUUGCAGCGCGGCGCUCCAGUGGUGAAUGGAAAUUCCUCCCUGUGUGCGCCGAAUGUCGCCGUUACGUCGUCAGUGUCGCGUACACCGAGGGGUGGAGCAAGCCCCACGUCGGUGUUCUCCAUUAUUCGCUCAGGCUUUGCGGGGCUGAUGGACUUGGCGUACGUGUGCGAUCAACGCCUGCAGCGCCCGUCGUCAUCGGGCACCAUCUCAGUAGUGUCGCUGGCUGCCAUUGCCGCAUCUCUCGUCCCGACGUUGGAUCGAGUGCAGUCAGUGCGGUUGACAGCGCAGAUCGCCGAUGACCUCGUCGAUAGUCACACCAUCUCUAGUGAGGGAUCAGCCAUGCCACCGUACUCGAGGUUCGAAGUGGCGACACUCUUGGCUGGUGUGUGGUACGUAUGGGGUGUUCUGGAUACCGCGCACUCCACGACGCUCCAUUCGCUGGGAGAGCAUCUCUUUCAGCAGUUCGCAACCCCAACGCAUGGGCGUAUACCACCUGCCCCACUGCUGCCGUCCUUCGCAGCCUGGUUGCGGUGUGCGCUGCGCGAAAACAAUGGUGCCCUUCAUCAGCAGCUGUAUGCAGUUGCUCGGAGGAUUACACCGCCAGCGAAAACAGGGACUGAGGGUGUCGAUGCUGUUGCAGCACCUCCGGCUGAAGAUCAGGACCCAGCAGCAGUGAGGGAGGACGUUGCUGCUGACUCAGACUUUUGGGCCAGGCUUGCAAGCUGA